AUGUUGGAAGAGAGAGCAUUGUCCCCAGAAGCUACAGAGGAGGUGGGAAGAUUUGCAAAUGUAUCCGAGGGGCCUAGUGCCCUUCCUCGGGUCACUUUUAAUGCUCCAGAGAAACCAGAAGAAGAAACAUCCCACAGAAGGUUGGCGAAAUUAACCAUCAAGUAUAACCGAAAAGAUCUCCAGAGGUGGCUAGAUCUGGAAGAGUGGAUUGAUGCCCAGUUGCAGGAGCUGUAUCAAUACCAGGAGGAGAGGGAAGCAACAGCAGCCCCAGAGCCAGAAAUUGAUAUUGAAGAUCUUCUUGAAGUCUCUAAUGAGGAACAGAAAUCAAAACUACAGGAAAUUCUUCAGGAGUGUUCCAGACCUACAGAGGACUUCGUUACAGAACUGCUUCAUCGUUUGAGAGGCCUCAGGAAAAUUGCCAACCCUCAAAAGAAAUGACUCUUGAUGACAAAAUCCAGUAAUGCAAAAGGCAUCAUCCUGUGGAAGAGAAUUAUUGGGAGAAAUAGACAUGGCAUUCCAGCUCUGGCUGAUAUCACACACGAUAGAUUCCAAACCCUCCGUCUUCAUCUUUACCUUGGAUUUCUAUCCAGAGGCAAUGGCUUGUGUGCAAGGAAAGGCCAUAGUUUGGGGACAGAUCCAGAUCCUUUGCUUGUCAAAGGUCUCAGGGUCAGUCACAGAGAACUUCAUUGAAAGGAUUUCAUGGAGGAGAACUGGGAAAGAUCUCUGCCUGAAGCUUUGGAGAGCUGCUGCAAGCGAGGGAGGCAGUCCGGGAUGAAUAGUCUGACACGAGAGUCAAAUUAGGUGUGACAUCCCCCAUCUUUCACAACAGGGCUGGGGAACCUGUGGCCCUCCAGAUGUUGUCGGAUUUCAGCUCCCAUCAACCCCAGCAAGUGUGGCCAAUGGUCAGAAGUGAUGGGAGCUGGAGUCCAAGAACAUCUGGAGGCCACAGGCACCCCAUUCUGUUUUUGAAAAAAAUGGAUUACUGCUGAAGAGAUAUAAAGCAGGAUGUAUUUAAUGCAGAGAAGGGAUGGCUGGGAAGGAGGUUCUGGACCCUUCUCACCUGCACCACCUCAGAAAUCUCCUGUCCCAGGUUUCUCUCUCCCAAAUGGACUCGGGGAC